GCCAUGCCCAACGUGGAGAUGGCCGAAUUCGGGGAGGCGGCCCCAUACCUCCGCAAAUCGGAGAAGGAGAGGUUGGCCGCCCAGACCCGCCCCUUCGACCUGAAGAAGGACAUCUUCGUCCCCGACGAGAAGGAGGAGUUCGUCAAGGCCACCAUCGUCACCCGCGAGGGCGCCAAGAUCACCGCCGAGACCGAGCACGGCAAGACGGUGACGGUGAAGGAGGACCAGAUCAUGCAGCAGAACCCCCCCAAGUUCGACAAGAUCGAGGACAUGGCCAUGCUGACCUUCCUCCACGAGCCCGCCGUCCUCUACAACCUCAAGGAGCGCUACGCCGCCUGGAUGAUCUACACCUACUCGGGGCUCUUCUGCGUGACGGUCAACCCCUACAAGUGGUUGCCCGUCUACAACGCCGAGGUGGUGGCCGCCUACCGGGGCAAGAAACGGAGUGAAGCUCCGCCCCACAUCUUCUCCAUCUCCGACAACGCCUACCAGAACAUGCUGACGGACCGAGAGAACCAGUCCAUCCUCAUCACCGGAGAAUCCGGGGCGGGGAAGACGGUGAACACCAAGAGGGUCAUCCAAUACUUCGCCAGCAUCGCUGCCAUCGGCGACCGCAAGAAGGACGCGGCCAAUAGCAGCAAGGGCACCCUGGAGGACCAGAUCAUCCAGGCCAACCCCGCCCUGGAGGCCUUCGGCAACGCCAAGACCGUCCGCAACGACAACUCGUCCCGAUUUGGCAAGUUCAUCCGGAUCCACUUCGGGGCCACCGGGAAGUUGGCGUCGGCCGACAUCGAGACCUACCUCCUGGAGAAGUCCCGCGUCAUCUUCCAGCUGAAGGCUGAGAGGAACUACCACAUCUUCUACCAGAUCCUCUCCAACAAGAAGCCGGAGCUGCUGGACAUGAUGCUGGUGACCAACAACCCCUACGACUACGCCUUCAUCUCCCAAGGAGAGACCACCGUGCCGUCCAUCGAUGACGCCGAGGAGCUCCUGGCCACCGACAGCGCUUUCGACGUCCUGGGCUUCACCCAAGAGGAGAAGAACUCCAUCUACAAGCUGACGGGCGCCAUCAUGCACUUCGGCAACAUGAAGUUCAAGCAGAAGCAACGGGAGGAGCAGGCGGAGCCGGACGGCACCGAAGAGGCUGACAAGUCGGCCUACCUGAUGGGGCUGAACUCAGCCGAUCUCCUCAAGGGGUUGUGCCACCCUCGGGUGAAGGUGGGCAACGAGUACGUCACCAAGGGGCAGAAUGUCCAGCAGGUGAUUUACGCCGUCGGGGCGUUGGCCAAGGCCGUCUAUGAGAAGAUGUUCAACUGGAUGGUGGUGAGGAUCAACAACUCGCUGGAGACCAAGCAGCCGCGUCAGUACUUCAUCGGCGUGCUGGACAUCGCCGGCUUCGAGAUCUUCGACUUCAACAGCUUCGAGCAGCUCUGCAUCAACUUCACCAACGAGAAGCUGCAGCAGUUCUUCAACCACCACAUGUUCGUGCUGGAGCAGGAGGAGUACAAGAAGGAGGGGAUCGAGUGGGAGUUCAUCGACUUCGGCAUGGACCUCCAGGCCUGCAUCGACCUCAUCGAGAAGCCCAUGGGGAUCAUGUCCAUCCUGGAGGAGGAGUGCAUGUUCCCCAAGGCCACGGACAUGACCUUCAAGGCCAAACUGUUUGACAACCACCUGGGCAAGUCGGCCAACUUUGGGAAGCCGCGCAACAUCAAAGGGAAGCCAGAGGCCCACUUCGCCCUCAUCCACUACGCCGGCACGGUGGACUACAACAUCAUCGGGUGGUUGCAGAAGAACAAGGACCCCCUCAACGAGACGGUGGUGGGGCUCUACCAGAAGUCGGCCCUCAAGCUCUUGGCCAACCUCUUCGCCAACUACGCCGGGGCGGACGCACCCAUGGAGAAGGGGAAAGGAGCCAAGAAGAAAGGUUCCUCCUUCCAGACGGUCUCCGCCCUGCACCGGGAGAACCUCAACAAGCUGAUGACCAACCUGCGGUCCACCCACCCCCACUUCGUCCGCUGCAUCAUCCCCAACGAGACCAAGUCUCCCGGUGUGAUGAACAACCCCCUGGUGAUGCACCAGCUCCGCUGCAACGGGGUGCUGGAGGGCAUCCGCAUCUGCCGCAAGGGCUUCCCCAACCGCAUCCUCUACGGGGACUUCCGCCAGCGGUACCGCAUCCUGAACCCGGCGGCCAUCCCCGAGGGGCAGUUCAUCGACAGCCGCAAGGGCGCCGAGAAGCUCCUGGGGUCCCUUGACAUCGACCACAACCAGUACAAGUUCGGGCACACCAAGAGCGCUUUCGACGUCCUGGGCUUCACCGCCGAGGAGAAGGCCGGCGUCUACAAGCUGACGGGCGCCAUCAUGCACUUCGGCAACAUGAAGUUCAAGCAGAAGCAACGGGAGGAGCAGGCGGAGCCGGACGGCACCGAAGACGCCGACAAGUCGGCCUACCUGAUGGGGCUGAACUCAGCCGAUCUCCUCAAGGGGUUGUGCCACCCUCGGGUGAAGGUGGGCAACGAGUACGUCACCAAGGGGCAGAAUGUCCAGCAGGUGUAUUACUCCAUCGGGGCGUUGGCCAAGGCCGUCUAUGAGAAGAUGUUCAACUGGAUGGUGGUGAGGAUCAACAACUCGCUGGAGACCAAGCAGCCGCGUCAGUACUUCAUCGGCGUGCUGGACAUCUUCAACAGCUUCGAGCAGCUCUGCAUCAACUUCACCAACGAGAAGCUGCAGCAGUUCUUCAACCACCACAUGUUCGUGCUGGAGCAGGAGGAGUACAAGAAGGAGGGGAUCGAGUGGGAGUUCAUCGACUUCGGCAUGGACCUCCAGGCCUGCAUCGACCUCAUCGAGAAGCCCAUGGGGAUCAUGUCCAUCCUGGAGGAGGAGUGCAUGUUCCCCAAGGCCUCGGACAUGACCUUCAAGGCCAAGCUCUACGACAACCACCUGGGCAAGGACUCGCUGCUGGUGAUCCAGUGGAACGUCAGGGCUUUCAUGGGGGUGAAGAACUGGCCGUGGAUGAAGCUCUACUUCAAGAUCAAGCCCUUGCUGAAGAGCGCCGAGACGGAGAAGGAGAUGCAGACCAUGAAGGAGGAGUUUGGGCGGCUGAAGGAGGCCCUGGAGAAGUCGGAGGCCCGGCGGAAGGAGCUGGAGGAGAAGAUGGUCUCCAUGCUGCAGGAGAAGAACGACCUUCAGCUCCAAGUGCAGGCCGAGCAAGACAACCUCGCCGACGCCGAGGAGCGCUGCGACCAGCUGAUCAAGAACAAGAUCCAGCUGGAGGCCAAGGUGAAGGAGCUGACGGAGCGGCUGGAGGAUGAGGAGGAGAUGAACGCCGAGCUGACGGCCAAGAAGAGGAAGCUGGAGGACGAGUGCUCGGAGCUAAAGAAGGACAUCGAUGACCUGGAGUUGUCUUUGGCCAAGGUGGAAAAGGAGAAACACGCCACCGAGAACAAGGUCAAGAACCUCACCGAGGAGAUGGCCGGGCUGGACGAGAUCAUCGUCAAGCUGACGAAGGAGAAGAAGGCCCUGCAGGAAGCUCACCAGCAAGCGCUGGAUGACCUGCAGGCAGAGGAAGACAAGGUCAACACGUUGACGAAGGCCAAAGUCAAGCUGGAGCAGCAAGUGGACGACCUGGAGAGCUCGCUGGAGCAGGAGAAGAAGAUCCGGAUGGACCUGGAACGGGCCAAGAGGAAGCUGGAAGGCGACUUGAAGCUGGCUCAGGAGAGCAUCAUGGACCUGGAGAACGACAAGCAGCAAUUGGAUGAAAGGCUGAAAAAGAAAGACUUUGAGCUCAACGCCCUCAACGCCAGAAUCGAGGACGAGCAAGCGAUCGCCGCCCAGCUCCAGAAGAAGCUGAAAGAGCUUCAGGCGCGGAUCGAGGAGCUGGAGGAGGAGCUGGAGGCAGAGCGGACGGGCAGGGCCAAGGUGGAGAAGCUGCGCUCGGACCUGUCGCGGGAGCUGGAGGAGAUCAGCGAGCGGCUGGAGGAGGCGGGCGGCGCCACCUCAGUGCAGAUCGAACUCAACAAGAAGCGGGAGGCGGAGUUCCAGAAGAUGCGGCGGGACCUGGAGGAGGCCACGCUGCAGCACGAGGCCACGGCCGCCGCGCUGCGCAAGAAGCACGCCGACAGCGUGGCCGAGCUCAGCGAGCAGAUCGACAACCUGCAGCGCGUCAAGCAGAAGCUGGAGAAGGAGAAGAGCGAGCUCAAGCUGGAGCUGGACGAUGUCGGCUCCAACAUGGAGCAGCUGAUCAAGGCCAAGGCCAACCUGGAGAAGAUGUGCCGCACCAUGGAAGACCAGAUGAACGAGCACCGGACCAAGUCCGAAGAGGCUCAACGCAUGGUCAACGACCUCACCACCCAACGGGCCAAGCUCCAGACGGAGAACGGUGAGCUCUCCAGGCAGCUGGAGGAGAAGGAAGCCUUCAUCAACCAGUUGACGCGAGGGAAACUCACCUACACCCAGCAGCUGGAGGACCUCAAGAGGCAGCUAGAGGAGGAGACCAAGGCCAAGAACGCGCUGGCCCACGCCCUCCAGUCGGCCCGGCACGACUGCGACCUGCUGCGGGAGCAGUACGAGGAGGAGACGGAGGCCAAGGCCGAGCUCCAGCGCUCGCUCUCCAAGGCCAACUCCGAGGUGGCACAGUGGCGGACCAAGUACGAGACGGACGCCAUCCAGCGCACAGAGGAGCUGGAGGAAGCCAAGAAGAAGCUGGCCCAGCGGCUGCAGGAGGCCGAGGAGGCGGUGGAGGCGGUCAACGCCAAGUGCUCCUCCCUGGAGAAGACCAAGCACCGGCUGCAGAACGAGAUCGAAGACCUCAUGGCGGACCUGGAGCGGUCGAACGCGGCGGCCGCCGCCCUGGACAAGAAGCAGAGGAACUUCGACAAGAUCUUGUCCGAGUGGAAGCAGAAGUUCGAGGAGUCGCAGACGGAGCUGGAGGCGUCGCAGAAGGAGGCCAGGUCCCUCAGCACCGAGCUCUUCAAGCUGAAGAACGCCUACGAGGAGUCGCUCGAGCACCUGGAGACCUUCAAGAGGGAGAACAAGAACCUCCAAGAGGAGAUCUCGGACCUGACGGAGCAGCUGGGCGCCAGCCACAAGACCAUCCACGAGCUGGAGAAGGUGCGGAAGCAGCUGGACGCCGAGAAGCUGGAGCUCCAAGCCGCGCUGGAGGAGGCUGAGGCCUCUCUGGAGCACGAGGAGGGCAAGAUCCUGAGGGCCCAGCUGGAGUUCAACCAGGUGAAGGCGGACUACGAGCGCAAGCUGGCCGAGAAGGACGAGGAGACGGAGCAGGCCAAGCGCAACCACCUGCGGGCGGUGGACUCGCUGCAGACCUCGCUGGACGCCGAGACCCGGAGCCGCAACGAGGCCCUGAGGCUGAAGAAGAAGAUGGAGGGCGACCUCAACGAGAUGGAGCUCCAACUCGGCCACGCCAACCGCCUGGCCGCCGAGGCCCAGAAGCAAGUCAAGACCUUGCAGGGCUACCUCAAGGACACGCAGCUGCAGUUGGACGACGCGGUGCGGGUCAACGAGGACCUGAAGGAGAACGUCGCCAUCGCGGAGCGGAGGAACAACCUUCUGCAGUCGGAGCUGGAGGAGCUGCGGGCGGCAGUGGAGCAGAGCGAGAGGGCCCGCAAGUUGGCCGAGCAGGAGCUAAUCGAGGCCAGCGAGAGGGUCCAGCUCCUCCACUCGCAGAACACCAGCCUCAUCAACCAGAAGAAGAAGAUGGAGGGCGACAUCUCCCAGCUGCAGGCGGAGGUGGAAGAGGCCAUCCAGGAGUGCAGGAACGCCGAGGAGAAGGCCAAGAAGGCCAUCACCGACGCGGCCAUGAUGGCCGAGGAGCUGAAAAAGGAGCAGGACACCAGCGCCCACCUGGAGCGGAUGAAGAAGAACAUGGAGCAGACCAUCAAGGACCUGCAGCUGCGGUUGGACGAGGCCGAGCAGUUGGCCCUCAAGGGGGGCAAGAAGCAGCUGCAGAAGCUGGAAGCCCGCGUCAGGGAGCUGGAGAACGAGCUGGAGGCCGAGCAGAAGCGCAACGCCGAGAGCGUCAAGGGCCUCCGCAAGUCUGAGCGGCGCGUCAAGGAGCUCAGCUACCAGACAGAGGAGGACCGCAAGAACCUGGUCCGGCUGCAGGACCUGGUGGACAAGCUCCAGCUGAAGGUCAAGGCCUACAAGCGGCAGGCGGAGGAGGCG